AUGGCGACAUCGCUAGGUUCAAACACCUACAACAGGCAGAACUGGGAGGAUGCGGACUUCCCCAUUCUGUGCCAGACGUGUCUUGGAGAAAAUCCUUAUAUCCGAAUGACCAAAGAAAAGUAUGGGAAGGAAUGUAAAAUUUGUGCCAGGCCAUUCACAGUGUUCCGAUGGUGUCCUGGUGUCCGAAUGCGUUUCAAGAAGACUGAAGUGUGUCAAACCUGCAGCAAAUUAAAAAAUGUCUGUCAGACCUGCCUCUUGGACCUUGAAUAUGGACUACCCAUCCAGGUUCGUGAUGCAGGAUUAUCUUUUAAGGAUGACAUGCCAAAGUCAGAUGUCAACAAAGAGUACUACACCCAGAAUAUGGAGAGAGAGAUAUCUAAUUCUGAUGGAACACGGCCAGUUGGUAUGCUAGGGAAAGCGACGUCUACUAGUGACAUGCUGCUCAAACUGGCCCGGACCACACCCUACUACAAAAGAAAUCGGCCUCACAUUUGCUCCUUCUGGGUGAAAGGAGAGUGCAAGAGAGGAGAGGAGUGUCCUUACAGACAUGAGAAGCCCACAGAUCCAGAUGACCCCCUGGCAGAUCAGAAUAUUAAAGACAGAUAUUAUGGAAUCAAUGACCCUGUUGCAGAUAAACUCCUAAAACGAGCUUCAACAAUGCCUCGUCUGGACCCCCCAGAGGACAAAACUAUCACCACGUUAUAUGUUGGCGGUUUAGGUGAUACCAUUACUGAGACAGACCUAAGGAACCAUUUCUAUCAGUUUGGAGAGAUCCGAACAAUCACAGUUGUACAGAGACAGCAGUGUGCUUUCAUUCAGUUUGCCACAAGGCAAGCUGCAGAAGUGGCUGCGGAGAAGUCCUUCAAUAAGUUGAUUGUUAAUGGUCGAAGACUCAACGUGAAAUGGGGAAGAUCCCAAGCAGCCAGAGGAAAAGAAAAAGAGAAGGAUGGAACCACGGACUCUGGGAUCAAACUGGAGCCAGUUCCAGGAUUGCCAGGAGCUCUUCCUCCUCCUCCUGCAGCUGAAGAAGAAGCCUCUGCCAAUUACUUCAACCUGCCCCCAAGUGGACCUCCAGCAGUGGUCAAUAUCGCCCUUCCUCCACCCCCAGGCAUUGCCCCACCUCCACCCCCAGGUUUUGGGCCACAUAUGUUUCAUCCAAUGGGACCACCGCCUCCUUUCAUGAGGGCUCCAGGACCAAUCCACUACCCUUCUCAAGACCCUCAGAGGAUGGGUGCUCAUGCUGGGAAGCACAGCAGUCCCUAGCACAUCAUUGCCACUUAGGAGCUCUGUGAAGAAAGGG